UUCUGGAGCACGGUAGUAAUUCAGCUGCUGUGGUCUUGUGGGUGCUAAAUGACGCUAUCGGGGCGAAGCUGAAGGGAAUUUCCCAGGAACAUACGACAUCAGCAGAGCCAUGGAAUGUAUAAGUCUACUCGUUCGCCGUCUGGUAACUGGGCCUUUCCUGUUUUGGAUCCAACAACAGCGUUACAUGUUCACAAUUAGAAGAACCCUCUACCGCUAUAAGUUGGAGCGGUACAACUCAUGGAGAAAGUACAGGGGUCUGGAUGUCAUUUAUCCAUUCAACUACAGGGUGUGGCGAUUUGUGACACGAGUCUUGUGUGCCUCCUUUUGCCCUUGUUGUCACGGGGGCCGUGUGGACAAAGCUGACUUUUCGGAUGGUGGGCCACUUUUGAUGUCCUUGCGUCCUGACUCGUUUGAGAACCGCGUGCUGAAGAGCUUUCUGGCACUAUGCUGCGGAAUUUUCCUGACUGUCCUCCUGAACAUGGUCGUCGUGCGCAUGGAACAGAGCUCUGGACUCAUCACAUUUCUCCUGCUCUUCAUCACAGGAACAGUGCUUAUGCUGGGCGCUGCAUUCAUAGACUGCGUUCGAUGCAUCAUAUUGCUGAUACUCCCGCAAAUGUUCUCCAGAGAAGGCCGCAUGGCUCUGAUGGCCUACAUCUACUUCCUGGUGCUGACAGGUCCAGCUGAGAACUUCACGGCCAAUGUGGAAGUACUCUCAAAGGGACUUAGCUGUGGCCAGGAAAAGAUUGCCAAUGAAACCCGCCGGAUACUCGAAGUUGCUACGUCGCCUCUUAAAGCCGUGUACGAGAAGGCGAAGCAGAUCAUUCAACUUCUUUUGGACUUCGCAAAGCUGAUGAAAAAAGCCUUUCUGUCAAUCAAGAACCUCUUCGCUGAAAUAUUCGGAGCUCUUCGUCGAGCGUUGCAGUGGCUGUACCACAUCGUGUCCGUGUGCAACAAGCGCAUGGGGGAGCCGUACGAGAAGUGCCGGAAGCCACUGGAAGACGCUUUCCAAGACUGCGUUGCCAUGAUGCCAUCUCUAUUGAAUUGGCUCUGCUCACCCGUUCGGGCUGUCCAGUACAUUUGUUACAUCGCUAAAGUGAUCAUGCUGUUGUGCGCCAUUCCUGCCAUCAUAAUCGAUUUCGUGAAAGUGCAGGUCAUCGACAGGAUUGAAAGUGCAAUGAGACGAUUCCUGGUGCGUGCCUAUGAUACGUUUUACGUGAAUAUCACGGUGACCCACCAAUACAACUAUACGUUGGAGUUCAGCAAAAGCCAGACGGAGGUCCGCCAAGCAGUUCUCCGGGAACUCCGCUCUCGUGUCUCUUUGUUCAUCUUCAUCUUUCGAGUGAUCAGCAACGUACUCAUCGGUGCAAUACUCUAUAUCGUUUAUAGCGCCGUUCGCUACAGGCUUCGUUACCUACGCGAGGACGACUUUGACAACUGUUACGUGACGUGGAGGGUUGUAGCGCUGGACAAGACGCGCGCGCGGAAGGGUCUGGAGACGUUGCUCCCACUGCGGUCUUUGGAGAAGAGGGACUUCGUUGAUCCAUUCUGUCUGCGACUGACACGAACUGAACUGAAGGCACUCAUGCUUAACCUUUGGAGCCUCGUCGUCAGCGCGGUGUACACGGCGAUGGCUUUCAUCAUGGACUACACACUUUACAGGCUCAUCACGUUCGUCAGGUCUCUGGGGAAAGUCGACGUCAAUGCAGGACUACCGAAUCAAAUGAAGAUCCGCAUCGAAGGCGAGGGUCCUGUAGCAGACAUGUAUCGUGCCGUGGCGGAUGCUGUGAGUCCUUCUGACAUGACAAAGGCCGCAGUUCCAGCAGUCGACGUGCAGAAUUGCUUGCAAAGACCUUAUUCUCCGGACAUGGACAUGUACUAUUGGAUAGGGCUUGUGUACAUCUUGGGCAUUCUGCUGAUGCUGUGCCAGACAUACGGAUUGCGUCUGCGUCACGUGGUCCUCGGAAUCUUCUACCCGGAUCAAGAUCGUUCUCGUGCUGCCUGGCUACACAGCCAUCUACUCGCAUUGCGGACUUCAUGGCUGACAGGAUUGCGUCGGGCCAUUAGGAGACGGUUCGGUGACAUAGAGGAGAGCAGGGAACCCGGGCUGUACGACAUGCUUCUUGCAAGGGUACCAGUACUGAGGAAGACGCUGUCGAUAUUAGGAAUUCGUCGCCAGCACUGUCUUGCUUGCGGUGUUUCAGGGAACAUUGACGACGAGGAAAACUUCAAGCGCUGCGAGACUCCAACUUGCAGAGCUGUGUACUGCAACGAGUGCUUCGAAGAACUUGAGAACCUGUGCACGGUAUGCAUGAAUCCAGCCGAAUAUGGAGACCUAUCCGAUGUUAGCGAGGAAAGGGACUCGAGUGAAGCAGACGACGGUCCUCGCUCGCAAGUCUCGGAGUCGAUUCACGACUUUUUGCGCUUCAAGUUGCGCUGCUCCAGGAGCGCGUCGCAACUGCAACCGUGCGUGGAAAAUGUUUAGGCUAAUUUACGCCUGGGAGUCUCUCCUCUAAUCGCAUUAUGAAUCGUUAAAUAUGCAGUGAUAUCAUUACGUUGCCGGUAAAUUAGCGUUGUGUUGGCGCAUAUAUAGAGGCUUCUGUUAUCGUUUACCACAUACGUAUAUUUAUUGGAUAGUUCACCACAAAUGUUAGUGAGGAUUGGAAUCAACGUGUAAAUGUAAACAUAACUGAUUUAGCUGAACCAAUAAUGGACAUUCCAGUGACUAUC